AUGCUUCCCUCAACACUCCGUCCGGGAAGCCUUCGGCAGAGGUCUCGCUCGACUCGCUCGACGGUCAGGAAACACUCCUUCCGCGACGACAUAGGCCUCGUCGCCAUCCGCUACGAGAAGAUGGCCCAGGGAGAGGCCCCCACCCCCAUCAAGUCGGUCAACCCUGUCCGCACACCAACAUCGCCAUCGCGACCUGCCUCCGUCACCGCCAUAUCCCCCUCUUCGGCAUCCGCAUCGCCGUCGCUGUCGUCGUCGCUCACGCGGUCGCCGUCGGACGCCUCGUCUUCGUACAGCACCCCCUCCCCGCCCUCCACCGCCCCGUCGUCGCCCUCACCGCUGGCCUCUCCGAUCGUCGUCGUCCGUCCUCCCCCAACCGAGGAGCACCCCGCUCUGCGCGGGGAUAGGAAGCGCGACUCGGCUCAUGCGCCCGCCAGCUUGUCGUCCAGGACGACACCUACCAUUGACGAGGAGGAGGAGGAGGCGGCGGCGGCGGAGGACGUGUGCGGUGACGGUGACGAGGAUUACCAGUACUAUCGUCACAUGAGGCUGAGGCCUGCGUCCUGCUCGGCCACGCCCAUGACCUCUCCUUCCGCUGCUCCUGCCGCGGCUGACGUUGCCGCCCGGCAACCCGCUGAAGAGAGCGGCGAGUCGUCGUCGGCCGGGGAGGACGACGACCAGACGGAGCCGACGCCGUCCGCCCCUUCCACCUUCUCGGAUCACCCCUUCCCCGCCGUCGUCGUCCCCCCCCGGCUGAGGAGACGGUCGACACCGGUCAUCCAGCUGGACGCCGCCCGCAACAGCUCCUCCCUCUCCCUCCCGGCCUCGUCGCCGUCCACCAACCUCUUCCCCAGCAAGAGCCUGCGUCUGCGUACCUCCACGUCGGAGUCCCAUGUUGGAGCCCAAGCCCAAGCCGUCCCUCGUCGCGCCAUCUCCCACCUGGACUGGGACCACGGACGUUGCGAUCGGGACCGCUACCACCACCGCUGCCGCCGCCGCUGCCGCCACCACGACGCCGAUGCAGACCUCGAGUCCACCGCGUCCGCGCCUAGCACGCAUCCGCCCCGCCGCCGUCCACCCAUGGACCCACACGCCGAGUCAGGUACGGAGGGUCCCACCUGGUCGAGCCAGCAGGAUGAGGACGAGGCCGUCGAGACGGAAAAGAUCGAGCCGGCCGCCGGAGAGGGUGCACGGAUCGAGGCGUCGGUUUCUGCCACCGGUGCCGAUGCCGGUGGUGCUGCUGCCGCGUCGGGAGCGGUGGUUGGAGAGCAGGCCUCCCCCCCCGCCACCACGGCUGACGCAUCCGUGCCUGAAGCGGACGGCCUGGGCCCCGAUAGCGGGUCCGCCAGCGCAACCCGAGUAGAGGACGGCGCUGUCGACGGCGCUACCGACGGCGCUACCACAGCACCACCCACCUCCACAAGCCAGCACACCACGGCAACCGCCAGCGACACCGCGACGACGGCCUCCCACACUCCCCUCCUCGACAUCUCCAUCCCCUCCGACACCUUGGUCGAGGAUGAUUUCAUAGCCGGCCUCAACUUUUCCCAACGGGGCAGUGUCAUUCUCGACGCCGACAAUCUGGACGGCCACGGCAACGGCAACGACGACGACAGAGACAACGGCGACGACAUGGCCACCAGGCAGGAGCAGGAGCAGGAGCAGCGACAGCCUCCCAGCACCGGCAACCCCCCUCCUCGCGACGAUGAGCAGGAGCAGCACCAGCGCCAGCACCAGCACCAGCACCAGCACCAGCACCAGCACCAGCAGUCCACGAAGAUGACCACGACCAACCACGAUGCCGAACCUACCACCACCCCCGAUCCCAACACUGCUGCGACAGACGUGCCGGUGUCGACGUCCCAGCAGCCUGCCCUCCCCGAUAUUCGUGUCAUGGCGGCCGACGCAGACAGGGAGUCUCUAAAGGUGAGAUCGCUCUAUGCAGUUGGCGGCAGUGCCAUGAGGUGGGAGGAUGGCGCGACGCCGUCAUCGUCAAUGGGAGACCGCCCUAAACCUUCCAUUGCCGAGCACCCUGCCGAAGAGGAUGAGGGCGUCCCAUCCCGCGCGCGAACUCAUCUCAGUCCCGUCGCAAGUACGUCCAUCAACUCCUUCGACUCUUCAUCCCGGCGGCCCAGCAUCUCUGAUGGCAGAGAGGCCGUCGCAGCCGCCACGGCCGCGGCUGGCGGAUUCGAGGAUUGGGAUGACCUCGACGGCCUGAGCGUCGACCGCUACGGCUUCAUCACAGCCCCGCCCCUGCGCCCCGCCUCGUCCAGGCUGGCGACGCCCACCGAGCUCAAGUCGUCGCAGUUCUCGACCAGGAGGCGCAAUAUCCUGCAGAAGAGGAGCCUGGUGGCCAUGACGGUGGACGGGGACGGCAACCGCAUCCCGACGCGCAAGACGUCGACGCGCUCGCUGUACACGCAGCACUCGGCCGUGUCCAUGACGUCCGUGCGCUCCUCCCGCUCCGUCAUCCGGCAGGCGAGCAACCUGCUACCGCACAACCGCCACCGCCGCUGGAUGGACGAGGCCGGCGACAUGCUGACGGUGGCGCCCAGCAUGCAGGACGUGGCCGAGGAGGCCCGCGUCGAGAAGAUCUCGGAGGCGCUCAAGCGCAAGGAGUGGGAGCGGUCCGAGAAGUGGCGCAAGAUGGCCACCAUCGUCAACCGUGACGGCGGCGAUGACGGCGGCAGCAAGAAUAGCAGCAACAGCAACAACGAGGCCGGCCUCCGCGGCGGCGGCAUGCAGUUCGAGUUUGACGUCAACAACCCCAAGCUCAUCGAGCGCACGUGGAAGGGCGUGCCCGACUGCUGGCGCUCGGCCGCCUGGUGGUCCUUCCUCGAGGCCAGCGCCCGCAGCCAGCCGGCCGGGACCCAGCCCAGCGUGGCCAGCAUCAUCGCCGACUUCCACCGGCUGCAGGGCACCGCGUCGGCCGACGACGUGCAGAUCGACCUCGACGUGCCCCGCACCAUCAGCCAGCACAUCAUGUUCCGCCGGCGGUACCGCGGCGGGCAGCGGCUCCUGUUCCGCGUCCUGCACGCGCUGUCCAUAUACUUCCCCACGACGGGCUACGUGCAGGGCAUGGCCGCCUUGGCCGCCACCCUGCUCUGCUACUUUGACGAGGAGCGCUGCUUCGUGAUGCUGGUGCGCAUGUGGCAGCUGCGCGGGCUCGAGCGGCUGUACCGGCCCGGGUUCGAAGGGCUGAUGACGGGUCUGGACGAGCUCGAAUCCUCCUGGAUGGACAGGGACGUGGCCGCCAAGCUGGAGGAGCUGGGCAUCGACAAGACGGCCUACGGAACACGCUGGUACCUGACCCUGUUCAACAUGUCGAUCCCCUUCGCCGCCCAGCUGCGCGUGUGGGACGUCUUCCUCCUCCUAGGCGGCAACCACCACCACUCUGCCAACAGCAGUAGCAGUAGCAGGAAGAAGUUUCUGCAGCAGCAGCAGCAACAGCAGCAGCAGCAGCUGCUGCAGGAGCAGGACAGGAGACGUCCCAAGACGGCCGACCCCGCAUCCAUGGCCAAGGCCAAGGCUGCAGCGGCAGCCGCGGCGGCGGCGAAGCCGCCCCCCACCGGUCUGGACGUGCUGCACGCCACGAGCGCUGCCCUGAUACAUGCGCUGAGGGAGGUGCUUCUGGACUCGGACUUUGAGAAUGCCAUGAAGGCCCUCACGGCAUUUACACCCAUCAAGGAUGAGGAUCUGUUGAUGAAGGUUGCCAGGGCAGAGUGGAAGCGUCGACACAAGAGGUGA